GUGGAGCAGAACCGCUGUGCUUGGGUGGUGGGCACCGAGGUCCGAGUCCGGGGUACGCGAGGCGUCGCCGGGGCUCCGAAGAGGCCAGGGAGUGAAAUUAUGUAGCCUUUUAAAGAGACUCUUUUUGCCCCAUCUGAAGUCCAUAUGGCUCUGUAUGAUGAAGAUCUCCUGAAAAAUCCUUUCUAUUUGGCUCUUCAAAAGUGGCGUCCUGACUUAUGCAACAAGGUGGCCCAAACCCAUGGCAUUGUCCUGGUGCCCUGCAAGGGAAGCUUGUCGAGCAGCAUUCAAUCCACUUGUCAGUUUGAGUCCUACAUUUUGAUCCCCGUGGAAGAACACUUCCAGACCUUAAAUGGAAAGGAUGUCUUUAUACAAGGAAACAGGAUUAAAUUAGGAGCUGGUUUCGCCUGUCUUCUCUCAGUGCCCAUUCUCUUUGAAGAAACUUUCUACAAUGAAAAAGAAGAAAGUUUCAGCAUACUCUGUAUAGCCCAUCCUUUGGAAAAGAGAGAGAGUUCAGAAGAGCCUUCAACAUCUUCAGAUCCGUUUACCCUGAAAACCAUCGAAGAUGUGAGAGAGUUUUUGGGAAGACAUGCAGAGAGAUUCGACAGGAGCAUUGCUUCUUUCCAGCGAACAUUCAGAGAAUGUGAAAGAAAGAGCCUCCGUCAACACAUAGACUCGGUGAAUGCUCUCUACACCAAAUGCCUCCAGCAGCUUCUGAGGGACUCUCACCUGAAAAUGCUUGCCAAGCAGGAGGCCCAGAUGAACCUGCUAAAGCAGGCAGUGGAGAUUCCACAGAUGUACGUCCAGCACGAUAUUUAUGAUCUGAUCUUUAAAUAUGUGGGGACCAUGGAGGCAAGUGAGGACGCUGCCUUUAACAAAAUCACAAGAAGCCUUCAGGAUCUUCAGCAGAAGGACAUCGGCGUGAAGCCUGAAUGCAGCUUCAACAUACCUCGUGCAAAGAGAGAGCUGGCCCAGCUGAACAAAUGCACUUCCCCACAGCAGAAGCUGAUCUGUUUGCGAAAGGUGGUGCAGCUCAUAACCCAGUCUCCCAGCCAGAGAGUUAACCUGGAGACCAUGUGUGCUGAUGAUCUGCUCUCAGUCCUGUUGUAUUUGCUUGUGAAAACAGAGAUCCCCAAUUGGAUGGCAAAUUUGAGUUACAUCAAAAACUUCAGAUUCAGCAGCUCAGCAAAAGAUGAAUUGGGGUACUGCCUGACUUCGAUUGAGGCUGCGAUCGAAUAUAUUCGUCAAGGAAGCCUCUCUGUUAAGCCGCCCGAGUCUGAGGGAUUUGGUGACCGACUGUUCCUGAAGCAGAGAAUGAGCCUAUUGUCUCAGAUGACUUCAACUCCCAUUGAUUGUCUGUUUAAGCACAUAGCGGCGGGUAACCAGAAAGAAGUGGAGAGACUUCUGAGCCAAGAUGACCAAGAUAAAGAUGCCGUCCAAAGGAUGUGUCACCCUCUGUGCUUCUGUGAUGACUGUGAGAAACUUGUCUCCGGGAGGCUGAAUGAUCCCUCCAUUGUCACUCCAUUUUCCAGAGAUGACAGGGGUCACACACCGCUCCAUGUGGCCGCCCUCUGUGGGCAGGCAUCCCUCAUUGACCUCCUGGUUUCCAGAGGCGCGGUGGUGAACGCCACGGACUAUCACGGCUCUGCCCCCCUGCAUCUCGCCUGCCAGAAGGGCUAUCAGAGCGCCACGCUGCUGCUCCUGCACUAUAAAGCCAGCCCCGAGGUGCAGGACAACAACGGCAACACGCCUCUCCACCUGGCUUGCACCUAUGGCCAUGAAGACUGUGUGAAGGCCUUGGUUUACUACGAUGUGCAGGCAUGCAGACUAGACAUCGGUAACGAGAAAGGGGACACCCCACUACACAUAGCUGCACGGUGGGGCUACCAAGGCAUCAUAGAGACGCUGUUACAAAACGGAGCAUCCACGGAGAUCCAGAACAGGCUGAAAGAAACACCGCUAAAGUGUGCACUAAAUUCAAAGAUUCUGUCAAUAAUGGAAGCCCAUCAUCUGCCCUUGGAAAGAAGGAGGAAGUCUUCAGAGGUCCCCGUGCAGCCCCCUCAGCGCCUUGUGGACUCCAUCAGCCAGGCCUCCUCCACCUCCAGCUUCUCCUCUGUGUUGGUGAGCUCCAGACAGGAGGAGCCCAAGAAGGACUACAGAGAGGUAGAAAAACUCUUAAGAGCGGUUGCUGACGGAGAUCUAGAAAUGGUGCGCUACCUUCUGGAGUGGACCGAGGAGGACCUGGAUGAGCUGGAAGGUGCCAUCAGCGUAGACAGUAUUGAAUUUUGUCACCCCCUGUGCCAGUGCCCGAAAUGUGCUCCAGCUCAAAAGAAGCUGGCAAAGAUUCCUGCCAGUGGACUUGGUGUGAAUGUGACCAACCAGGACGGCUCCUCCCCACUGCAUGUUGCAGCUCUGCAUGGGCGGGCGGAGCUCGUUCCCCUCCUGUUGAAACAUGGUGCCAGCGUAGGGGCCAGAAAUGCGAACCAAGCUGUCCCGCUCCACCUGGCCUGCCAGAAGGGCCACUUCCAGGUGGUGAGGUAUCUAUUGGAUUGUAAUGCAAAACCCAAUAAAAAGGAUAUGAGUGGAAACACACCCCUCAUUUACGCUUGUUCCAAUGGCCACCAUGAAGUCGCGGCACUGCUGUUACAGCACGGGGCCUCCAUUAACGUCUCUAACAAUAAGGGUAACACAGCACUGCACGAGGCCGUGAUAGAGAAGCACGUCUUCGUGGUGGAGCUGCUGCUGCUUCACGGGGCGUCAGUGCAGGUCUUGAACAAGAGGCAGUGCACCGCCAUGGACUGUGCUGAGCAGAAUUCAAAAAUAAUGGAAUUACUUCAGGUAGUACCGAACUGCAUGGCCUCAGCUGAUGAUGUUGGCGAAGCAGACCACAAGGAGUACGUGACUGUUAAGAUCAGGAAGAAAUGGAACUCAAAAAUGUACGAUCUACCCGAUGAGCCUUUUACAAGACAGUUUUACUUUGUCCGCUCGGGUGGUCAGUUUAAGGGAAGGACUUCAAGGGAAAUUAUGGCAAGAGAUAGGAGUGUCCCUAGUUUUACUGAAGACUCUUUGCAUGAGCCAGGGAGGCAAAGAGUCACAGGGAGACAGGACAACCUGCCAGACCACAGCAGAUCUGAGAAUGCUGACAGAGGGCACAGCAAUCAGCCUGAGGGGCCUGGACCGAGACAAAGUGUUCCUUCAAACAGGCGGAUGCUGCGCAGACACACAGUCGAGGACGCAGUCGUACCCAAGAGCCCAGGGACUGCUGGCAACCCAGCCACUUGUAAGGUCACGUCCCAGUCUUAGCAGUGAUAAGCAGUUACUAUGUUGCUGCCAAGAGUCCACGGCAAGGAGGCGCCAAGCAGGAACACAACUGAGAACUGAAAUGUACUUUCUGUUGGAUUUGCAAGAAAAGCAGAAAGCUGGCUAGCUGUUCUGUGGCUGAGGGAAGGAAUGCGACUGAGAAAACGAUGCUCUCUUUCCUCCCCAAAGCUAGUGCGUACGCUGGAAAAGGAGUGCACACCGAUGCCGGCCGUGUCCAGAUCCGUAAGAGCAGGCGUAGGUUUCUUCUGAAGCAGUGGGAGCUCCCUGACUACCAUGCGAAGAAGUUUCAUGACCAGAUCGCGACCUCCUCCUGACGAAAGGUGCUAACUUCUGUGAUGUGGACAAAUGAGCAAACCACAGGCUGAAAGAAUUCCUUCACUUGGGAUCCGCUGAAGAGCAGCAGUUAGGUUUCGUGAUACCGUGGAGGCAGGCAGAAGCGACGCAUGGUUACGAGGAAAAGAGGACUGGGAAAUGUUCCUUUGCAAAGCAGCACUUGAACCCAAAGAUGCCUCCAUGCUGUUGUGAUGUUCAUUUUCAUGGAAAGGACAUUUAGGAUCUAUUCUACACUAUGUAUGUGGGAAAAGUUGGGUAUAAUUUUUCUUCCAACAAAGUACAGAUAUUUGAUCACUGCACAUAUGCGCCUGUAUGUGUCUCUCGAGACACAGCCCCUUCCGUUAAAAACUUCCCUUUGUUGUCACACCUGACGGAUGGUUACUGAAGAGAGAUUUGGCACAUCUUUUCUUAGUCUUUUGAUUCUGAUUCAAAACUUACAGCACAAACCAGGUCAGAGUUACUUUCAGUUAGAAUUUAUUGCCAUUUAUUCCUUUUUAUAAAUUUCUAUAGAUUUUACUCUUAUUUUUUUAUGUUACUAAUUGGUCUACAGCUGCAAACAUGGGUUUGUCCUGAGUACAUUUUCAAAUAACUUUGUAAUACGGAAAUGGUUUUGUGCACGUUCUUGGAAAUACUUGCGAAUGUAUAGAAGGGAGGGGCUGAUUAUUUUUCUACAAAGUAAUUUAUGAUUUCUAAUUUUCUAAUGUGCCUUGGAUAUGUGCCAAAUGAGGAGAAAGAAGUAGUAAACUUUAUGAUUCUU